CAUUUAAUAGAGAAACGAAAGUCUGCUCACGAAGGUUACCCAAUAUCGCUAAACCUACAAAUUGAAUCGUAGUCUUCUAAUAUGAAUCUGAAAUGGAAAAUUUUCUUUGCUAUUUAUUACGCAAGUGUUUUCAUCGACGGAGAAGUCGUUGGUAGUAAUUCAUUCAACAAACACACGUUCAACGAUGUCCACCUGCGCAUGGCAGAUAAUGAAUUACAUAAGACAUUUGGAGUUGACUCAAGAGAAAAAGUCCCAGAAUAUGAGGUGAUAGCUCCCUAUCAAUCGGAUGAUUUGGGGAAUUUUGUUGAUUACAUUCUCCAUGACGAGGUAAGAACACGGAGAGCCAUUAGCGAGCCAGACUUCUGGUACUUCAAAAUUGAAGCGUUUGGAAGAUCACUUCAUCUGAACGUCACGAAAGUAACGCCGCGCGUUACGGCUGGAGCAGAGGUUGAGACAGUAGAUAACAGUGGAAAGUCGACUUAUAGAGAGGUGCCACGCUGUGUACAUUAUACAGGUCACGUGACCUCGGAACCAGGAUCACUGGUCGCCAUAAGUGAAAAUAAAGGAUUGUCUGGGAUAAUUCGUACACUCCAGGAUACACUUUACAUUCGACCUCUCUCACAGAAUUUUAUUGAGAAGAAUCAGCUUCAACAUGGUGCUCCUCACGUCAUCUACCGGAGGUCAAUCAAUCAAGUUUUGUCGCCUGAUCUUCAUGUUUCAGCGAGUGAUAGGAUACCCUUUAAAAGGACCACACCUAUCCUUCACCGGAGAAAAAAGCGUCAAGCUCCUCAGAAGUUCCUGGAAAUUGCUAUGAUAGCUGACAACUUUGCGAUCUCAACCUACGGCGAAGAUGAAAUGACUUAUCAUCUUUUAACUAUCGUUCAUAUUGUUGGCCCCAUAAAGAUUACUCCCGUGAUUGUCCGUUUGGUACUCAAGAAGGAUGGGUUCGGCUAUGGGCCAAGUGCAUCUAAAAUCCAGCGAAUCUCCGCGAUGGAGCGUUGGGCAAAAGAAAAUUUUCCAGAGUCAGACGAUGAUCCUCAUCACCCUGAUGCUGUUAUUCUGAUCACGAAAAGGAGCUCUGGGGGGAUUGCUAGUAUCGGAUCAACAUGCCGCAGCUCCUUUGGCGCUGUCCUCUCCAACGACAUUGGACUCGGAAGUGCCAUUGUUGUGGCUCAUGAGAUUGCUCAUACGAUGAGCGUGGAGCACGACGGAUCCGGUGCGGCACUUUCCUGUGAGAAUAAUAAAAAUAUCAUGGCAUCCUCUAUACCUAGUGGACCUGGAUCCAUGAAAUGGUCCGCAUGUAGUCGGGAACGUUUGCAGGAGUUUUUAAGCCAAAGAUCACACUGUUUAGAUGACAUUCCACCAGUUUCCGGCAUCAUCAAAACUCCGAAAGAAUUUUACGGUAAACUGCCAGGUCAAGUUGUAGACCGAGAUGAACAAUGCAGAAUGAUUUAUGGAAAGACCUAUUACGCAUGCCCACAACGUAGGACAAACUGUGAUGAACUUGGAUGCACCAACAAUGGAUAUAGGUGCAUUUUAUCUUCAACGUCUCCUGCAGAUGGGACAAGAUGCGGAGACAGACAUUGGUGUAUUAAUGGUCUGUGUGUUGAUGACGGGUCGCGCGUUAUCCAUGGCCGCUGGAGCGACUGGUCAGUUUUCUCCAAAUGCACUCGUCCCUGUGGUGGAGGGGUUCAACACAGAUCAAGAACUUGCACCAACCCAGCACCAAAGAACGGUGGAAGGAAUUGUAUCGGGCCGAAGGUGGGACAUUGGAAAGUUUGCAACCCGCAGCCAUGUCCAGCCGCCUCCAAAACUUUCCGUCAACUCCAGUGUGAGGCUAUUGACCCCGAAUAUCAGGCUUAUUAUACUUCAGAUCACUGUUCUUUGGUAUGUCGAAAAAAGCAAGCAGCAUUUCCUCAACAACGAGACGUCGAGAAUGGGACGAGGUGCUUCAGUGAUCCCACAAUCCCGGAUGUCUGUAUUCAGGGAAAGUGCAGACGAGUAUCCUGCAGUAAUGAAUUGGAUUCUGAGGUGAGACUGGAUCGCUGUGGGGUUUGUGGAGGAGAUAGUUCAACAUGCAGAUUUGUUCGAAAAAAGUGGUACGAAAGAUGUCCAGGAUAUAAAGAGGUGUGUACAGUUUUUGAGGUUCCUACGGGUUCCACGUCAGUCUUUGUGAAGCAAGACUCGGCAGAUUAUAACCUACUUGGUAUCAAGAAUAAAGAAGGUGAAUACGCAAUACCAAUGCCCUCCUGGAGUCGAACGGUGUAUGCAGCUGGAACUAAGAUUCAGUAUUAUCACAAGAAUUCACUCGAUAUCAACACGAUUACCAUUCCCGGACCUACAACAGAAAAACUUACCGUUGUGUUCUAUUCUGUAGGUCGCAAACACACAGGAGUUUGGUACGAGUUGUAUGACCCAACUCUUUCAUCUAAUAUCGGAGCUGACGAUGUUGAAUGGAAUGUGACAGACUGGGGCGAGUGCUCUUGGAAAUGCGCUAAAGGAAAACAGAGCCGAAGAGUUCUUUGUACAAGGAAAGAUGAUGGAUCAUAUGUGGAAGAUAAGGUUUGCUUGAAGAAGUCUAAGAAGCCAGCUCAGGAACAGUAUUGCAAUACACAGCCAUGCGAGCCUCAUUGGUACAGUUCAGAAUGGAGCUCUUGUUCCAGAACGUGUGGGAAAGGUGUCCAAAAACGAAAAGUGCACUGCCGGCGUAAGCUAACGCAGUGGAAAUUUCAGAUCCUUCCAGACUCCUCUUGCAGUGGCACUAAACCCUCUGGAGGAACACAGAGGAACUGCAACGAGAUCAUUUGUCACGCGGAGUGGAGAACUGCUGCUUGGUCCAAGUGUUCCUCAACAUGCCAAGGAGGUACGAAGAAUAGAAGCCUCGUUUGCAAGAGACGCAAUGACCGCGGAGAAUUGGUAAAAUUACCUGAGAUUCUUUGUCACCAUGCUCCUAAACCGAGUCCUACCACUAUGGACUGCAAUACGAAUGUACCUUGUCCAACCCCACAGCUGUUGCUUAGAUACAGAGGACUUGGCUGCUUUAAAGAUGGAGAACCACCUGCUUUUCCAGUACUUGCGAAAAAUUUCCGUAAUGAAGGAAUCGAUUGGUCCAACAUUGACGACACCAUUCAAAAAUGUGCAAAAUUUGUCUAUGAUAAUUUUCCCGACAACAGAGUGUUUACCCUUGAGUUCUAUGGAGAAUGUUGGACAGGAAGAGAGGCAGAGCAUUCUUAUAAUAAGUACGGAGCUUCCAGUGAAUGUUGGAACAACGUCGGAAAAGAACACGCUUUUUAUGCAUACGAGUUUUAUUAAGGUCUAACUGCUUGGGAUCCUUCAACAUUAUCGCCCUUUGGAAUGAUGCUGCUUCCGUCUAUUUUUAACCUGCGGAGCCUGGGGCUGCAGUACUAUGAAGUAGAAGAUGAAGAUGUGUUAAAUGAUGUCAGUCACUUUGGGUAAAUGCAAAGGCGAAUCAUGAAAAAGAUGUCCUUCAUUACGCGCUGCCACUGUCGUUUCUGACACUCGGGAAACUACCCUUUUGAAGCAACUAGUUUUCCUAUAGUGUCUUUUCAAGAGAACAGUGCCAAAGUUUUAAUUUGUAGGCAAAACCUUUCAGCGUAUCAGCAAGGUGAAGUGAUGUUGCAAGGUUUGGAGAUUGAUUUCCACACUCAAAAUAUGUGCGCAACCGAGAAUAUCUGAUGAAUUUGCUAUUAGUACUUUAAAUUUUCCUUCUUCUAAACUUCGCCAGACAAUACCUCAGCAUCUGCUUCGCGGGCUAAGAUAUUAAUAACUCUGUAUUUAAGGGAAUAAUGACAGACAA